AUGAGAAAAGGAAAUGAAGAGAAGAAUUACCGUGAAGAAGAAUAUUUGCAACUCCCUCUGGAUCUCAUUGUGGAGAUACUAAAGAAACUCCCGUUAAAGUCACUUGUGAGGUUCCGAUGCGUCUCAAAGCAAUUUUCAACGAUUAUCUGCAGCCUAAGAGACUUCAUCGAGUCGGUGGUUACUCGACAUUUAGCUCAGCCGGGGCAGCAGCUUCCCCUGUUGGCGGUCUUCCACCAUUGUGUGCCUGAAACUUUCUUCACUGUCUCGUCUAGUUUCUCCCAAAGCCUCAAACCCGCAAUAUACAACCCUACCACGAAACGAUCCGUUGGUUUACCUGAGAUCGGACCCCCAGUAACAGGGUUCCGGAAAUGUAACUGUCUUUUUGGAUACGAUCCUGUCAUGGAUCAAUACAAAGUGUUGUCCAUGGUUUUUGAUUUCCGAGAGCUUACGCAAACUUUUCAUGUUUUCACAUUGGGACAGAGUCAAUCUUGGAGGAGAAUCCAAGGCAUUAAUGAUGGGAAACUUUUUCCAAGCGCCGUGGGGAUUUGCAUCGAUGGGACUUUCGAGUUCUUGCGAUUCAAGCGUGACCAAGAUUGUCUGUUUUGCGAUAACGAAACUCAACAUAUUAUAAUUUAG